AUUGGCUGCGCCGGCUGUCAGUCUCGCCAGAGCUGGCUCCGCCCAGCGCUUCUCGCCGGGCUUGUUACAAUGUCUCAGUAGUUGCGCUGCCAGCGGCGGAAACGGCCACGGAAAGCUGCAGGGAGAGCCGAGGCGCAACGGUACCGAAAGCAGAAUCCCUCCCCAGGGAUGUGGCACCGAGUGAUGGGGGAAGGUGAGCUGCCCCCCCGGGAACCCUAAUCUCCUCUCCGGCUGGCGCCCCCCCCCCCCCCCGCCUGCAGGCACCAUGUCCGCCAAGGAGAAUCCGUGCAAGAAGUUCCAGGCCAAUAUCUUCAAUAAGAGCAAAUGUCAGAACUGCUUCAAGCCCCGGGAAUCGCACCUCCUGUCCGACGAGGACCUCAACCAGGCGAAGCCCAUUUACGGAGGAUGGCUGCUGCUGGCUCCAGAGGGGACGGACUUUGACAAUCCGAUGCAUAGAACACGGAAAUGGCAGAGAAGGUUCUUCAUCCUGUACGAACAUGGGCUGCUGAGAUACGCACUGGAUGAGAUGCCUACCACGCUUCCCCAGGGGACAAUAAACAUGAACCAGUGCACCGAUGUCAUCGACGGGGAGAACCGCACCGGGCAGAAGUUCUCGCUUUGCAUCCUCACCCCAGAGGAACAUUUCAUCCGGGCCGAGAACAAAGAAAUUAUCAAUGGGUGGCUCGAGAUGCUCAUUGUUUAUCCGAAGACCAACAAGCAAAAUCAGAAGAAGAAGAGGAAAGUGGAGCCUCCCACCCCACAGGAGCCCGGACCAGCCAAGAUGGCAGUGACCAGCAGCGGAAUCCCUGGUGCAGAGAAAGUUCCAGCCACCAAAUCCACACUGUGGCAGGAGGAAAUUAAAAGUAAAGAGGCUCAGGAAAACAGCACUAGCCCCCUUCAGAGCCCGGUGCAGAUGCCAUCCUCCCCUACUGAGCCCAUGGCAGACAGUAAACCAGAUGGAGGUCUCGUGAACGGCGAUCGCACAGAUGGCGGCCGUAAGACUCGUGUGGAAAGCGGCUAUUUUUCAUUGGAGAAGAUGAAAGACUUGAAGACAGAGGAACAGCCUCCGCAAACGCCUCCUUCGCCCUCCACGCCCGACGCUCCCAGCAGGCGCUCUCUGGUUAUUGAGAAGUUUGAAGCUCUGGACAUUGAGAAAGCAGAGCAGAUGGAGACCAGCAGUUCCACCAAGCCGACCAGUGAGGCCCGACAGGGGCGCAGCGAGAAACGUACCUUCCCCAGGAAGCGGGAUGAGUCAGGGGUCAGUUCUAUGUCGGAUGUUUCAGCCUCGCCGAUGUCCCCGUAUCGCAGAGCAAAAUCACUAGACCGCAGAUCUACAGAGUCAUCCAUGACGCCUGACCUGCUGAACUUCAAGAAGGGCUGGCUAACCAAGCAAUGUCAGGAUGGGCAGUGGAAGAAGCACUGGUUUGUGCUGACGGAUCAGACCCUGAGGUUUUACAGGGAUUCCGUGGCAGAGGAGGCUGCUGACUUGGACGGAGAGAUCGAUCUGUCGACUUGCUACGAUGUUACGGAAUACCCGGUCCAGCGAAACUAUGGCUUCCAGAUCCAUACUAAAGAAGGGGAAUUCACCCUAUCUGCCAUGACCUCGGGCAUCCGGCGGAAUUGGAUUCAGACUAUCAUGAAGCACGUGCGGCCCAACACAGCUCCUGAUGUUACAAGCUCUUUGCCAGAGGAGAAGAAUAAAACCUCAUCCUCUUUCAGCUCCCCGCAGAGUGACAAGAAGGAAUCGGAACAUCCAGAGGCAGAGGUGGAGCAAAAGCGGAGCCGGGCUCGGGAACGUAGGAGGGAAGGGCGUUCUAAAACAUUCGACUGGGCCGAGUUCCGCCCCAUCCAGCAGGCAAUGGCUCAAGAAAGGGCGCAGGCUGAAGCCUUGAAAUCCAUAUCCAGCUAUGACACCACAGACUCCAAGAAUGAUCUAGAGGAACUGGAAAGGGAAAGGGCCCGUCGAAGGGAGGAGCGCAGGAAGAGGUUCGAGAGCUCAGACUCCGUGGAGGAGCCAACUGUGGAAGACGCUUCCCACAUGGAGGUUGAAAACAUGGACAUUAGGCCAAAUGUUCAGGUUGAGAUUGAGCAAAGAUGGCAGCAAGUAGAGACCACUCCACUGAGGGAGGAGAAGCAGAUCCCUAUAGCUCCUCUCCCUCUGCCCAGCCCUCCUCUAAAGCACCCGUCAGAAGAUAUCUCUGCCCUUCUGCAAAAACAGCUGGAGCAUAGUCAGAAGGAGGUGUCGGAUCUCCUGGAGGAGAACCUUGCUUUGCAGCAGCGACUGAAAGAAGCAUUGGAACAACAGCAUAACGCAAGGGAUGGAUAUGUGUUACAGAACGAAUUGGCAGAUCCGACUCCUGACGCAUGGCAGAGGCUUCAUAAGGUGAACGAGGACCUUCAAAAUGAACUGGAGUCCCAAUGCAAACGUCAGGAACUCCUGAGUCAACAAAUUCAGGCCAUCAAACACAGCUACGGAGAAGCCAAAGACUCCAUCCGACACCAGGAGUCUGAGAUGUUAAGCUUUCAAGCGCGUCUUAAUAGCGCAUAUGCUGAGCUCGCAAUAAAGGAGCAAGCUCUUGCAAAAUUCAAGGGAGACUUGAAGAUGGAAAAGGACAAAACCAAGGAAAUGCUGGAAGAAUGGCAAGUAAAUGAGGCGGCACUGAGUGCCCAGCUUAAGGCUAGUCAACAAAAGUUAAAAGAAGCGGAGUCUUUGCUUUUAGAAAAGAGCCAGCAACUGCGGGAACUGGAAAUGCAGCAAGCUCUGCAAAGGGACCAUCAAAAGGAGAUGCAGAGGUUGCAGGAGAAGCUUGCCAACAUGAGGAGUCAGCUAGAUGCCAGCGAGCAAGCUCGAAUCCUGACAGAGGAGAGACUGAAGAUGAAUUAUGAAGACCUCCUUGGAAGCUAUGAGAAGGAAAAGCAUGUUUUAUUGCAUAACCUGAAAGAAACAGAGGAUAAACUGGAAGAGUAUGAAGAUAAGCUACAAGAGAACGAUCAACUGAUGGAGAUUCUUCAGAAAGAGAAGCUAAGUGCAAGUACAGAAACCAGCAUCAUAGUCCAUCACCUUGAAAAGCAACUCUCAGAACAUAUAUCCAAGAUUCAGAAGCUGGAAGAACACAUCAAAGAGCUGGAACAAGAUAGGGACAGGCUGAGUUCAUCCUGCCAAGAAAUGACAAACCAGAUUGGGUUGUCGGGCCAUGAGAAUGCUAGUCUGCAGGAAAGGCUUAACAUGCAAGAGGCAGAGUAUCACCAGCUUAGGAGCUCCCUGGAGAAGGCUUCUGAGGAGCUUCUCAAGGUAAAGGAGGCUCUGACAGAAAAGGAAGAGGAAUUAAGGCUGUCUUCAGAGACCCACAGAAGGAUUGUGGACAAGAAGGACCAGGACAUUAACGAGGCCAUCAUUAAGAUGUCUGCUUUAGGCAGCAGUCUGGAAGACACAGAGGCAAAGCUUAAAGUCAAAGAAGAGACUCUAAAAAGGUUCUGCAAUUUUGACGUUGUAGCACAGGUUAAGGACUUUGAAGGAAUGCAUCUUCAACUUGAGGCUGCAAAAAAGCGGAUCACCGAGUUGGAGCAGAGUUUAGUGGUUCACAGAGGCAAUGCUGUGUGUGAAAUGUUAGAUAGGGACAGCUUCAUAGAUGAUAGUCAGAGACAGACUGAUGCCCAUUCUCCUUUGUAUAGUACGGACACGAGCAUGGCGGAGAUUGUGCAGGACUCUGCAUCCAAGAGACAAAGGAUACGUUUUUCCAGCAUACAGUGCCAGAAGUACGCCCAUAGUGAUGGAUCUGAAAAGACAUGGGCGAGUAGCUCUUCUUCCGAAACGAGCCAGGACCAAGUUAUCAGCGAUGAUUGUUUAACUUCAGAAGCCACAGCUCCGUAUCAGCCCUCAGCAGAAGCUGAUGUGGAUACAUACCUUUCCAUUAUCCGCUCCUUGGAAACCAAACUCUAUGAGACAGAGGAGAAGCUAAAAUAUGUCACCCUAAAAUUGCAGGAUGAGAGAAGCUGCAUUCAGGCCCAACACACUCAUUCAAGUGCCGAGGGCCAUCUGGAAGAGCAGAUUUCAAGUAGUAGUACUCGAGACAUCUCACUGGAAGAAGAACAAACAAAGCUUGAGCGAUCAAGGAGCCUCUCACAGGGUAUCGCUAAAGAGGUUUUUAGCAGUUUAGAGUCAUGUCGAACAAUGCUCAGAGAUCUUCUUAAUCAUAAAGAUGAUGCCCAGCUAUUUUAUUCCACUUUGUCUGGCAUUGAAGAUGCUUUAACCCGUUCUCUUAGCUCUUUACAACAAGCUCCUAUGGACCAGGUGUCUGGAGAAUGCUCUACUAUGCAAUGUAUGGACAGGAAUAUGACUACGGAAAGCCAGCAUCCUGCCUGUGAAGGCUCAGCACAGUUUCUUUCAGAAAGAUUAGAUUUUGAGGCUAAAAUGAUGAAUGGGUUAGCAGAGUCUCUAAAAUCAACAAACCCUGAGGCCAUGCUGGACAAUAAGCAGAGCGAAGAGGCCUGUAGAAAUGUGUCUCUUGUGCAAAUAUGGGCAGAGAGACUUCAGCUAGAAAGGGGCUUUUGGAACAGGGUUGAGAGUCUCAGAACAGAUAUUGUGAGGAACUCAGGAGAGCUAGGGAAUGAUUGCGACAAAAAUCUCCAUUCAUGUACGUGUCCCAGCCAGGCACCGACUGAUGAAGCUCUAAACAGAACAGAGCUUAGUCGUGUAACUCACAAGAUGGAGUCUUAUCUUCAUCACGUGAAACGUUUGGGACUUCAGAAGUCCCAAGCUGCUCUUGGAGAGAGGCCUAUAAUGGGUGGGGUCAUGUCUUCUUAUGUUUCUUUAGACCUUGAACAAGUUGAGCAACACUCUCCAAAGCCACAAGGAUCAAAUACGUCUUCUACCUAUCCUUCCAUCUCUUUCCAGGAACUGCUCUGCCACCAGUUAAGGGAAUAUGCAGUCCUUUUAAACUCUCUUUCCUACUCCUUAAAAUCUAAGUCACAGGAUGACCUGGAAGAGGUUCAGAGGCUCUUGGACAUUUCCCAGCAACUCUCUUGUUGCGAUAGAUCAUUUAGUCUUUCCAGCUUUGCCACUGGCCUGGUUCGAGAAGCUGUGCUGCAGUCUCAGCUGCAGUAUGUGGCCUUUAACACCCAGACCGGAAGUGAGCAGGAGGGCCAAAGGAAAAGAGAGGCUUUGUUCCGUGCUCACUCCGAGACUCUAAAUAGGCUUCAUCAGGAGUACCAGUUAAUGCUCCAAGACAAGCAGGCGGAGCUUGUUCAGAGAGACAGGGCGGUGAGCGAAUCUGUUGCGCUUGCAAAUAGGCAAAUCAAGGAAGCAGAGACUGGAUACAGAGAGGGAUUGGCCCAGCUAGAUAUAAGUUAUAAAAGGGAUAUAGAGAGUUUAACCAAGAAAUGGACAGAAAGUGAGAGAGUUCUUCUGGCAGAGAAAGUGGAGGCCAUCAGUAAGCUGGAAGCUUCAGAGCAGGAGAGGAUGGAUCUAGAAAGCUGCUACUUGGAAAAGUUAAGAAACCUGGAGGCAAAGUUUCAGGAGCAGAUUGGGGAUCUCCGGGAUCUCCAUAACCAUGAAAUUCAUGUUCUGGAGGACAGAUAUUUGCAGAGGGUACGGCAGCUAGAGGAAACUCUCAACAACUACCAGAAGGAACCCCAGGAGAUGCCUUCACCUCGGGAGGGGAACCUAAGCCAAGGGAGCACAGCCGACAUGGACACCACACUUGUUCUGAGGGAGCGGAUCCUUGAGCUGGAGGCCGAGAUGGACCUCAUGAGAGAACAGAUGGACCAGAAACAACUGGAAGCAAACAUAUCCUCCCUGAAGGAGAAAUACCAGGCCGACUUUGAGAAGCUAAAGGCGACGUGCGAGCGGGGCUUUGCCGCCAUGGAGGAGACUCAUCAGAAGAAGAUCGAAGAGCUACAGCGCCAGCACCAGCGCGAACUGGAGAAACUGCGGGACGAGAAGGACAGACUGCUGGCUGAGGAGACUGCCGCCACCAUCUCAGCCAUCGAAGCGAUGAAAAAUGCUCACCGAGAGGAGCUGGAGAGAGAACUGGAGAAGUCUCAUCGCUCGCAGAUCAGCAGCAUCAACGCAGACGUGGAGUCUUUGCGCAGGCAGUACCUAGAGGAGUUACAGUCAAUCCAGAGGGAACUGGAGGUCCUUUCGGAGCAGUACUCCCAGAAAUGCCUGGAGAACGCCCAUCUGGCCCAGGCUCUGGAAGCAGAACGCCAGGCCCUGCGGCAGUGUCAGCGGGAGAACCAAGAGCUCAACGCACAUAACCAGGAACUGAAUAAUCGCCUGGCCUCUGAGAUCACACGGCUACGGACACUGCUAAUGGGGGACGGAGAUGGAGGGGACGUAUCGCCUCUCACCCAAGGGAAGGAUGCCUAUGAGCUGGAGGUCCUUCUCCGAGUAAAAGAGUCGGAAAUACAGUACCAGAAACAGGAGAUCAGUUCCUUGAAAGAUGAGCUGCAGACUGCACUGAGGGAUAAGAAAUACGCCAGUAAUAAGUACAAGGACAUCUACACGGAGCUCAGCAACGUGAAAGCCAAGGCCGAGUGCGACAUCAGUCGACUGAAGGAACAGCUCAAGUCAGCCACAGAGCUACUGGGUGACAAGUCGCCUGAGAACACGGCGGUGCCUGGAUACGAUAUUAUGAAAUCAAAAAGCAAUCCAGAUUUCCUGAAGAACGACAGGUCCAGCAUAAACAGACAGUUGCGGAACAUCAGGUCCAAGUGGGCCAAUCCAUAUUAUAGACCAUAAUUCCAUGUGCUGGUCGUUGGCCGCCUCGCUAAGCCUGAAGGAGGGGCUGACCGUCCAGGAGCGUCUCAAAAUAUUCGAAUCCCAGAACUAUAAGAAAAACUAAUCACCCCCCCUGCCUAUCCCGCUGUGCACCCCCAGGACUCAGAUUAAGGCACAGUUUGAGCCCUCAUCCGGCAUGGGGACGCCGCAGUGCAGCUCUCUGCAUGUUAGAUGGGUUGGAUAUGCGCAGAUUCUUCUCAUGUUGCAAUGUUUCCCUCCUCGCCCCCCACUCUUUCCCACCUCCGAGUCUUUUCCCCUCCACCCUUGGCCUUCGGAGCAGCUGAGGGCCGGGCACUUACUUGCCACCUCUGCUUUAAAUCCCAUUCAGCGAUAUCAGUAUUAAGGCAUAGCUGCCGAUCAAUAAGCUAACGACCGCGCAAACAUCGGAGGUCUGGGGGUGGCGUCUUACCUGGGAUGUCUGGCGUUGGCACGUCCCCUCACACCGCAAGGGAUGGGCUGGACCACAGACAGGCCAAUGUGACAGGACAAUACACUAAUCCUCCAUAGUUGUGAAGGGAGCCAUUGGUCUCUGGGCAAACCUCUCCAAACAAAUUAGUGUAUGAUAUGUGUAUAUUUAUGUAAAUGUUUGUGUUAUAUACGCAGAGGCAUUUAGAAACUACUAGGUUAUUAAAUAGGGAAAGAUGAGGUUGAUGCUCUAAAGCCUCACACAGGUCCUAGGUGGGACCCACCAAGAGCCAACCUCAUCUUCUGGAGAUACGACCAAGUGUGCCCUUCCUCCUCCCGAGUCCUUGUUAAGGUUCUGCCAUGGUCUACUAUGAGCAUUCGGGGUCAACUCAACUGAGCUGGGGAACCCACAGUUUGUUUCUAGAGCGGUGGCAGCCUCCCAGGAGAACCCUGAGAACCUGUAGCUCAACAACAUCUGCCUAUUCCAGAGGAACCACAGAACUUUGGUGGCCAUAUCUGCUUAUGCCCCCUAUUGGCGUUUUAGGUUUUGGGUUGAGGACUUUGUUGGUUGCAACCAACUGGCCAAUAGCUAGAGACUUGUGGUCUAGAUGAUGGCUCUGGUGGAGGUUUCACAGCCAUUUGUUAGUGGUGGAGUCGGGAUGUGAGCCUGGGCUGCCGUUACAGGGCUGUGGGAUGCUGGGAAAUACGGUUUCCAGUCACACUGCCCUUUUGGUACCCAGUGAAAGUCGUGGUAUGUGAUGUGUUAAUAGAAAGUGGGUUUUUGUGAUGUCACUGUCUUUGAUGACAGAUUGGGGGGAACCUAUUAUUUUGUUUUGUUGCAUGUGCGGGUUUUGUAUUGGGCAAAUUAAAGCCAAAGAAUGUGCUUGAUGGUCAGCGUUGGGCUGCAGAGAGAUGGGGGGUGCAGGGUACGCCUGGAACGCAGUCCCCCCACUCACGCCGGCAUGUAAGGCGUACGCUUAGCGGUGAGGGGGGGAAAUGGACGUCUCUGUCCUUGUGGAAAAGGAACAGAGCCCAUUGCUCAGAUUAUUGAACUGUCAGCUGCUUUGCCAGGCCGCUGGCUGGGUAAAACUGCACCGCACCCAAUUCUCUCUGCACGGUAUUGUGGGUAAUGGGAGGUGCAUGCUGGGAGAAGCAUGUGGAUGGAUGUGAAUGUGAAAAAAGAUGAGGCGCAGGAAGUGAAAGAUGCAGUCGCAAGAGUUGGGGUGGCUAAAUGUCACCCGCGUUGAACAUCAACCCCUCCUUGAUGGCCAAGAGCAGGGCGGCAGUUUGAGAAAACAACAUUAAAAAGGGUCUUGGGGUUGUUUAAGGGAUUAAUUGCGGGACUUUCAGUGCAGCUGCAGAGCGCUGAGACUCUGGCCAAUUAUUCAGCCCCUUCUGCUGUCCCUUCCCUUAGCCGCCUUGCAAAUGGCUUCACUUCAAAUGAACGGUGCUUGGGAGGCACCGACAGCUCCAUGUGUUGGCUAAAUGCCAGCGUUCUUAGAAGCCCAUUUGAUAAAUUACGUUUUAGUUGGGAAAUACGGCCCCUCCCCGUCUCCAAAGCAUUGAAUCUCGAUACCCACAUCGUACUCGCAAAACGGCUAAGGUGGCAUUUUGUUGGGUUUGGAUAAGAUGACCUAUUUUCUGGAGGUGGUUGUGCCUGGGAAACGAGUAUCCACUGGGGGAAGAGAAGGCAACUGAUCUGCUCGGAGUCGCCAUUUUGUAGGCCUGUAAUAAACGGUAAUGGGCGGCCACCCGUUACAUUCACACAGGCGCCAUAUCUGUGCUUCCUCAGAUGCUGUUGAACCUACCCCUUCCUUUAGCUCUGAGGAUGCUGCCACGCCCACAAGCCUACCCAAUCAGCAGAUGUAGCCCUCUGGCUACAGAGCCACAGCUCCCAGCAUGCUCAGCGUAGAUCAGGGCACCAACAUUUUCACAAGAACCUUGGAGCUCAUCUGAAGCUCCGCCCCCCCACCCAACGUUUAUUUCCAGCCAUCGACUUCCUCCCGAAGCGUCAGCACACAUGAGAUAUAUUUAUUUCCCGGCGAGCGCCAUUACGUCCUGUCACGUGCAAAUGUGUAUAUGAUCGCUGUGUAGUUAGACGUCUCCAUUUGUGGUCCAUACCAUUCCCUUGCGGAGGGGGGGGAUGUCCCACUUCCAGACCCUGAGGGACAGUUUGCGCCUCCGUGAUGAGUUGUCUCUUUUAACCGCCAGAUAAUUUAAAGCCUGUAUAGUAUUCAGAACACACUCUGUAAAUAUUUCUAAUUCCAGAGGUUUUUUUUUUUGUUUUUAAUCUUUUUUUUUCCUGUAAAGCAGAUGUUUCCCCCCCCCCCUUACAGCUUGUGGGUUGAGUGUAACGUUUCAGAGCUCAGUGGCCCCUGUAAGUGUCCUCGUUUCUUUUUUUACCUUCCUGAAUGUGAAUCCUGCAUUUUUUAGGCUCCUGUGUAAUAUAUAUUCCCCGCGUUGUACAGCCAGAAUUCCCCGGCCCUAGGGGGCGCUGCUGCCUACGGGUGGGAUUCCCUUGCCAGUCCGCUGACCCCGACGCCGGCACUUUGCCCGGCUAAUUUUAUUGUGUAAAUAUUAUUUUUUCCCUUUGGGGUUUUCCUCCCAAAGCUUUUCGGCAUGUCAGUCUGCUCAUCCCUCGCGCCGGUGCGGAUGGAAGGGUUCCAGCGGAUUCAGCCAAUGAGCUGUCUCCAGGGGAUCCAAGACUAAUUCAAGGAUCUGUGACUUUUGUUUUUUUUUUUUUUUAGAAACACUACAUAAGAAUAGUUUGCAGUGCUGGACAUGUGGUUGGACCCAUGAGAGAGUGUAAGGAUCAACUCGUAGCCUUGAGCGACAGUUCCCAGAAUCCUCGGAGCCAUAGGGGGGGUCGUUGACUUUGACGACCUUGGUGUAGGCUAACGAGGGAUGGUUUAAUUCCAUUGACACUAUGGCUUUGUAGCACUUAGAUAUGAUUCAACCCUUUACACGUGCUCCCCUGUAUAACGGCGCUCACUGGACAGCCACGGAAAUACUCAGGCUUGUCUUGAAAUAUGUACCGAACCCCAAAUAGGCCACGACACAAGGACGGACUUGAUCCUUCUUUGGUAUUUGACUUCAGGGAGGCUUUAUAGAUGUCUAGGCCCUUCCAGAGCUGUCUUUGUGAGGGGCAGGGGCAACCAGUAUGGGCCCACCUCAUCCUAUGGGGGGGGGGGUGCUGCAGAGUUUCGAGAAAGAAAAGAACAAGAUGGCGGCAGUGAUGCUCUUCAUUGAAGAACAGGCACUCUAGCAGCCCACGAAUAGGCCUUCAGAAGUGAUAAAAAUGACAGCUGCCUUACAUGUUUCGUGCCUAAACGGUACUUAAUCGUAGCCCAUUUAUUUCUUACUCGUUGGAUAGUAAUGGAUUUGUACUCGUAGUUCAGCCGGAGAGACGCCAGUUGCCCCAGCCGGCACUAAGAACAGCUCUGGACCCUUGGCCUCCACAGGAUUAAAUCGGUCUAGAUGUGCGAUUAUCUUUUAAUACAUAAAUAUAUAUAUUUCCUUAUUGGUUUUUUUUUUUACCUUUGCACCCGUCCUGCCAGUAGUGGCUCUUCAGCGCUAGAGGGGAACCAUUAACUUGGGGAGCAAACCAUAGAUUUGUCCCCUCUAGCCCCUCAAGCAGCAAAAUGGGUUCAACUUAGUUUGUUGAUAAUUUUCUUCUCUCUCUCUCAGUACAGAUAUUUAGUAUGAAUGGUUUCCCCCCUCCCCUUUUAUUUGUGGUGAUAUUUUUAAGUCCUCGAUUGCCUGUUCACUGCAGUUCACUUUGGUCACGUUAUCUUCUCCUCGCCCCCCUCCCCCGCCCCGCUGGAUGUGUGUGACUUGCUAGUUUCCUGUGGAUGUAGCUGAUCAUUUUUAUUUUGUAAAUAUAAUUACUUAACUUUACAUAAACUAUAUCGUAAUAAACUAUUUUUGCACCACCCUUC